AUGGCCGCUGCCAAGCUAGACUGGCUUCUUCCGCCCCUCCUUUGCGGGCUCGCGAUGAUUCUGGCGUCGGGUGUCAAAGGUUUCUGGUGGUGCUUGACGUACCUCUUGCUCUCCACCGCCGCGCUGUUUGUUCUCCACGCUCGAUGGCGCCGCCUUGGCGUCUUCGUGGAGGCCGCCGAUGCAGAAAGGGGCUCAGCCAAGUGGCUCGCCGGAACACGUUUCGUAUGCUGGGGUGUGGCGUUCAUCGGCGUGGGAUUCCCAUAUCACAAGUGGGGAUUCGAGACGUUUACAACCUUCACCCUUUGGACCUGGCUGAACAUGUUCGUUUACUUCUCCCUCGUGCUCUUGAAGAGCCUGUGGGAUCUCGUUAGAGGCACGAAACUGCAGCUUAGCAGCGGUUUGCUGCUCUGGUUCGAAGUCCUCUACGGAAUGGCAUGGCUGGUCGAUGCCAUGUACUGGAUUUUCUUGGUACCCUACGAUGCCAUCAAAGAGGGCAGCGAGGGGCUCGCCCGCCGAACCACGCGCCUGAACAUCUACCUCCACAGCCUCAAUGUCGCACUCAUGAACGUGGAGCUCGCCAACCUCACCUGUGGCGUGAACAUUUACCAUUCGAUCUUCGGGAUCUAUUUCGGUGUAGUUUACAUCGGUUUCAAUUGGAUCGUGCACGAGGUGAAGGGUGGCUGGACCUACUUCUUUCUCGACUUUAACCGAGAUGAUGCAGUACCAUAUCUCCUUCUCCUGCAAGUCGUGGUGGUGCUUUCCUUUGGCCUGGGUGCCCUUCUUUCCCGGUGCAUGGAAUCCCUCCACACAAGGCGCUAUGCGAUGGCCAAGGAUGCAUCACCCGUAUCGGAUCAGGACGAUGCCUUCAGGGGCGUGGAGAUGCAGCCGGAACCUGCCUACUUGGGGGCUUGA